CUGACCAUAUACAUGCAGUAAAUACCAGGGGUUUAAUUCAUUAGACGGGUUUCUUCACUUUAAAAUGAGUAACCUGUUUCUGUUCUGCACUGACAUAUGCGCACACAAGCGUUCACUGACUUGAUUUGUUUAUUUUGGUAUAAUUUUGUCCUGUCUGACAGCACGCAUGCAUGCAUGCUCUGAUACCAAGCAUAUUCAUGAAAGGAUUAUCACUGCAUGCUAAAAAUUCAUCCAUGCAACUAUGCUCCUAUGCCAGUCAUAUUAUACCAUUUGAAAUUAUCUAGACAUUACUUACUGAAGCAGGAAUAUAUAGUCUGAUUACAUAGUUUCUUAUAAAUUAACAUAUCACAGUGAAAUAUGGUCUACAAAGUGUGAUAUGGUCUACAAAGGGUUUUUAUAUUACAAUACAAAUUAUGAAACUUCAUGAGUUUAUGUUCACAUUUCAUACCUUAAUCCUUAUUGUGAGUUUCAGGAGGCAAGAUUGUCAUCCAACAUGCACACUGAAUACAUGCUCUGAAUGGGUUAAUAAGUACAAGGAAGUUUCAGACGAUGGAAAUAAAUGGUCAUUUGCAUGUGAAACAAAGUUCAGGUGAAAGCUUUCCGGAUUGAAUGCGAUAGAGCAAGGGAGCGUUUUCUGCCGUAUGCGAUGACCCGCGUCAAAAUAUAAAGUUGUGUAUCAGAACUGGUUUCUCGACAGGGUACUGCGGAAGGCACUGGUGCCGUGUUGUGGACUUGCUGUUAAGGGCAAUUUUCAUGUUUCCUCAUGGACUGGAAUGGAUCACAGAGACAUGGCUCUGCCAUGGGAGUGCCCUCCAAAAUCACACCUUGAUAAAGAUGACCAAAAAGGCUACAUAAAAUAAACAGGUUACCCUAGUUACCCUAGUCCACAAGAGUCACUGAGGUUGAGGAGAAGACCCACUAAUGUUGCUGACCAGAGCUCACCUCAGUUUAACUGGAACCCAGAUCGGAAGGAAGAUGAGAAGAGACAAGACCUCAAAGAGCUACCUUUACCCAUGGCACUCAAAAAAUCUAUUUGGCAGGUGCAGCAGAUGAAGAUACCAGCCGUGUCACGCUGGCAGUCCUGGAAGAUGCAGAAGUCAAAAACACUGAAGAGGUUCCGAGAAAGUUCUGGAGGCGCCCUAGCCUAUGUCGCCCUGUGGCGUCGAGUUCUACAAAAGAUAGGGGGACACUUUGGUGGCGGUGUCCAGUCCUACUUCCUGUUUCUGCGCUUCUUGGUGGUGCUGAACUUCCUGUCAUUCCUGUUGAUUGCAUCUUUUGUCCUGGUCCCAAGUAUCGUCUUUCAGUCCCAUAACUCUGGCAACAAUAAUACAGUCAACAUCAGUGCUGGUAAGGAGGAAUGUACAACAUAUGACCCCAAUCCUCAAGGCUUGGUUCAUUUCUAUACCUAUUUCAUCGACUUACUUACUGGAACGGGCUUUAUGGAAUACUCGUACCUCUUCUAUGGUUAUUACAACAACACUGAGGUGAUAACGAAUGACUUCUCGUAUAAUAUUCCCCUCGCGUAUUUGCUCACAGCAGGCUUCUACUUCAUCUUCUGCCUGAUCUGCAUAGUCAUUCGGAUGGGGAGCGCAGUCCGCAUUGCGGUUAAAACGGGGGGAAAGGCGGUGGGAGGCUACAGCAUGCUGGUCUUCACGGGCUGGGAUUACGGCCUUCAGGGGGAUCGAGCCGUCAGACUGAAGCAGAACAACAUACGCUAUCGGCUGCAGGUGGAUCUGGAGGAGGAGCGCAUCAAGCUGAAAGCCGCGUCCCUGACCCUGGCUCAGAUCGUAGGCCUGUAUUCUCUGCGUGCGUUCCUCAACCUCAUCGUCCUCGCGCUCAUCGGCGGGUCUUUCUACGGCAUCUUCCUGGCGACGGAGUUCAGCCAGGGGUAUCAAGGGACAGACUUUGUGAGUCUGGUGGUGGAGUACUUGCCUUCCAUCGUCAUUACGGCAGCCAACUUCCUGGUGCCUUUCCUGUGUGAUCAGAUAGCCCUGCUGGAGAGACACUCCCCCAGCACCACCGUCAUCCUGGCUCUCCUCAGGGCCGUGUUUCUGCGCAUGGUCAGCCUGGGAGUUCUGCUUUUCACCCUGUGGAGCCAGAUCACUUGCAGAACGGCCGAGAGGGGAACGUGUCAGCCCUGCGGAUACAACCACACAUUGUAUCCGUGUUGGGAAACCAGAGUGGGCCAGGAGAUGUACAAACUGGCCAUGUUUGACUUCAUAACUGUCAUUGCUGUUAUGAUACUUGUGGAAUUUCCACGCAGGAUGGUGGUCGAUCACUGCUCUUGUAAGCUGGUGAAGUUUGUGGGGCGCCAGGAAUUUGUUGUUCCUCAGAACGUCUUAGGCCUGGUCUAUGGACAAACAGUGGUGUGGGUUGGUGCCCUGUUCUGUCCACUUCUACCUGUCAUCAACACCGUCAAAUUCGUCAUCAUCUUCUACUGCAAAAGGAUCACUCUGUUUUACAACUGCCGCCCUGCGGACCGAACCUUUCGCUCCACCAGCUCCAACUUCUUCUUCCUUCUGGUGCUCCUCUUCGGCUGGAUGCUGGCCUGUUUGACUCUGAUAUACAGCGUGGCAGUUAUCCAUCCGUCAAUGAGCUGUGGCCCCUUUCUUUCUCUCACGACGAUGUGGAGAGUGGUCCCCAACUCCUUUUACUCACUCUCUGACACCACCCGCGAGUUCCUUCUAUUCAUAGGUUCCCAGGCCUUCUCAGUCCCUCUCUUCAUGCUGUCCUGUGUGGUGCUGGCUUAUGUUGCUGCCCUGGCAUCGGUCUACGGACAGAGUGUUUCACUCCUAAGAGCACAACUUAAAUUGGAAGGACGUGAUAAGAAAUUCUUGGUCAAGCAAAUAGAGGAAUUAAGUUCAGUGACCAAGAGAAGAGAACAGAACUUCUGAGUGAUCUGUUUACCAUAAAAAUGUAAACCUAUGAGACUGCAUGAACAGACAUGAGUAACCCCAAUAUACCUCAGGUUUUACCUGGAUAUAGCCUGGCUACGUCAGGUAGAAAAUUUUCACUUCAACCAAAUGUUGCUGGGAUUUCAUCUGAAUGCCAUUUCACCAAACUUUCACCACAAAAAAAUGUUCACUGGGUUGAUUCAAUGACAAUUUCUCAUUUCACAAAACCACAAAAAGGACAGUAAUGUGAACUAUACCCACUUUCAUAAUCAGAAAUGUGUGUUUCCUAUAACUGUUUUAUUCCAAAAAUAUUAAAGUGGGCAAAUGAACCUUAAAUUUAUCUGGUCCUCGCUUCACUCUUAUUUAAUCUUUUCACACAAUUUCAGUUUAAAUAAAAACAAUAAUUUCAGUUAAAUAUUUUUUUUUUUUAACCAUAUGGCGAGAAGUAUCGGCUGAAAAGGUAGCGUUCCUUGGUUGAAAAAUAAAGCUUAAAUUUUAAAUUUAGAAUGCAAUACCUUUAAAUAUAUUUUUCUCUUCCUGGUAAGUCAUUUGGCCAAUCUGUGAUUUUCUGUAACUCUGCUUUUUAUGUUAUUUAGGUCAGUUCAGGAUUAGUCAGGAGCCUAUGUUUGAGCUACAUAUAUGUGGAUGGGAAUUACUGUUAACAGUGCUACUCCUUUUAAAGACCACAAGACCAGAGAAAUCAAGACAAAUUAUUAUUGUUGGAUGUUACAUUGAAUGUAUUUGUUUUGGGUAUGCAUUAUUAAGCCAUAAUGGUCUCAGUGAGGAUUAUGAUUUGAGCUGCUGUCUUGAUGAGAGAUUAAAUAAUGCAGGUUUGGUUGAGUUUCUUGUUAUUUGUGAGGACUCUGUGGGAUUCCAGGGGAUCUUCCUUUAUUUUACUUUUUUUGCAGAUGUACAAGAGAUUUAAAGAAUUGCUGCCAUUUGUUAAAUUUUUUUUCUACAGAACUGUAUCAUGGAAAUCAUGUAUCAACGGAUUAAAUCCUUAACUUAAAUCCUUACUGAAA